AUGGAUUCGGAUACGGAGUCGAAGCUCAUAUCACUUAUUACUCGCCUAAUCUCGCGCGAGGACAGCAUGGAUUCGGAUUUUGAGUCGCCGUGGGUCACGGUCUUGCAUUCAAAGGUCCCAUCGUAUAUUAUUCAAAUAAUCUCUCUGCUCGGGUCAAUGGAUCUGGAUCCGCAGCUCAAGCCGGAGUCGUCGGAGCUUAUGUCACUCGUUACUGAAGCAAUCUCUAUCUUCAACUCUAUGGAUUUGGAUUCCCAGCCGAAGUCUCUGUCGGAUCUCAUAUCACUCCUUUCUCCAAUAAUCUCUCCGGUCAACUCUAUAGACUCUGACCAGAUGCAUGAUGAGAUCAUCUCACUCAUUGAUCGAACAUUGUUCGUCGAGCCGGAGCUGAAGCUCUUAUCACUCAUCUAUCAAAUAUUCUCUCUCGUCAUCUCUAUGAAUUCAAAGUGGGAGAAACUUAUUUCCUUAUCCCCUCAAACACAUAUACGUUGGCAACAAGGAAAAUUUCAUAUGGAUAUGUUGGAUACAGAAGUCACUCGGCACCACCGUAAUAAGUGGAACUGUUUCCCUUUAAACUGGGAGAAAUUCAGAUUAACUGGAGAAGAUGCUACCCAUGUUCUCUGCCUAGGUUGCUUUGGCCAGAACCAUGAAGAAUAUAACAAGGCCCCCGUUGAGAUGCAACACACUCUUCAUCGAAAACAACCACUUCAGCUUGUCUUAUUGAGUAACUUUUGUUUAAAGAAGGAAUGCUAUUGCUGUGAUGAAUAUCUGAGAGGGGUACUUCUUUUUUGCUCGACUUGCGGUUUUGCUAUGAAUUUGGGCUGUGUGGGGAAACAACAUGUGUUAUCUAUAUACCAUCCUAAGUGGCAUGAGCAUCCACUUGCUUUGUUUCCAAGGCAGACCUCGUUAACUUGUAACCUAUGUGCCUUGGCAGAGCCAAGCUCCCCUCUCUAUAUGUGUCCUUCUUGUGACUUUGUAGUCCAUCUAAGAUGUACCAACGUACCACGUGUCAUAAGGAUAUGUCGCCAUCCCCACCGUAUCUCUUUUACCCAUUCUCUUGACCAAGGUGAUUGUUCUUGUAGUGUUUGCCGCACAAAUAUCGACAAACACUAUGGGUGCUAUUCUUGCGUCAAGGACGGUUGUUCGUAUGUGGCUCAUUCAAGAUGUGCUACGCAGAGCAAUGUGUGGGAUGAUAAAGAACUUGAGGGAGAGCUAGAAGAAGCUGAAGAAGAAGUAGCUGAGCCGUUUGUAAAGAUAAGGGAAGGGGUCAUACAACAUUUCAGCCAUCAAGAACAUCAUUUGACACUUGAUACGAACACGUGCAAAGAUUACGACGACAGUAAGCUGUGUCAAGCAUGCAUUUCACCGAUCUAUUUCGGUAACUUCUACUCAUGUAUGCAAUGUGAUUUCAUUCUCCACGAAGAAUGUGCAAAUCUUUCUCGCAAAAUACAUCACCCAAUACAUCCACAUCUGCUCACACUAAGGGGAGAAUAUAACAAUGUUAUAAAUUUUCAUAAGAAUGCAUGUACAGCUUGUUCUUUGGUGUGUAAAGGUUGUUUUCUUCUAUACGUGCGGUGA